UUAUUUAAAAAAAGACUAAUUUUAAUUUAAAAAGUAUAACUACAGAAAACAUCUUUUAAAAUAUCCAAAAUUCUACUUAACAUUUUAAUAUCAAAAAUAACUUCAUUAUAAUUAAAAUUUUUUAAAAUGAAAUUAUGCUAUGAAAAAUAGCCAAAAUUUUCUUAAACUUAAAAAAUCCUUUAUAAAAAAGAAUCUAUUAUUCUAAAUAAAAACACGGAGUUUUCAAUUAUAAAAGCUUUACAAUAAUUCCUUAAAAUAGGAUUAUUAUUAUUUAAAAGUUCUAGCAUUUCAACUAAUCCACAUCCGUUGUUAAAAUGAGUAUUUAACCUAAUAAAAUUAUUAGUAUGAGAGAAAAAAAUGGUGUAUUUUUUCAUUGCUAAUUCUUUAUCUUCUUCAAAUUACUAUUUAAUGAAAUUUUUAAAAAGCUCUUGGGAGAAUUCCGAGAUGAAAAAGAAAAUCAUAAAUUCAAUUGUUUCUUUUUAUUUGGGAAAAAAAUCGAUGUUUUACCAUAAUGUAUUUAUUAUUUUUUCGAUUUUUUCUUUUUUAUGUAAAUUCAAUUUUAGUUUUUCGGUCGCUUUUUUAUCUUGAAUCAUUUUUAGGAAUUACAUAAGAUUUUCUACACAUAAAAUUUGGAUUUUUUCUUAUUUUUUAUUUUCCAUUUUCUUGAAUAUAAAUUCAAUGUAUUUUUCGGAAUCAAAAUCUUCUUUUUUUAACUCUUUUUUUUUUAUUAAGUUUAUCAUUAUUUUUGAACUUAUUUCGAAUUUUUUCUCUGUAUCACUUUUUUCUAAAUAGUAUUUACCCAUAAAUUACACAAAUUCUUUUUCUUCAGUACUCUCCUUUUCUUCUUUUUAGUUUUUAUUUUCUAAACUUAUCAUUAAUAUAUCUAUUAUUCUUAAAAUUUCCUCUUCUUCUUCAUUUUUUUCUAACUUUUUUGCCAAUCUAAGUAUUAGUUUAUGUACUGUAUUGAUCAUAUCUUCUUAAUCAAUUUCCUCGUAAGACAUAUAUAAAUUGGAGAAUGCAAAUUCGAUUAAUUAAAGUACUUCCUUUCCACCUUUUUAAUUUAAAACAUCACAAAGUUUAGCGAAAAUAACAUCAAAAUGACUUUAUAUACUUUCAAGUAAUCUUUAAGAGCUUUUUUAAAUA